AUGGCUCUAGCCUCUCCAGUCCUAAGCAAGGCUGGAGAUGGCGAUUGGGCAGGACCUUAUGCUAAAGCAAUCGCCGCCCUGCCGCGACUGUCACAGCAGGACAAGAUCUCUAUGGUUACCGGUUUUGCUAAGAAUGAACAACCCUGCACCGGGUUGACCGCGGUAGUUCCUUCUAUUGGGUACCCGCGUCUCUGUCUCCAGGAUGGCCCUCUCGCCGUCAAAAACUUAGUGAAUGCGACAGUCUUUCCGGCUGGGAUCCAGGCGGCCAGCACAUGGGAUACGUCGCUGAUCUAUUCGAGAGGGUUUGCUCUCGGCGCCGAGUCAAAAGCGGCCGGCGUCCAUGUCCUCCUCGGGCCAGCGGGUGGUCCUCUUGGGAAGAUUCCAACCGGAGGUCGGAAUUGGGAAGGAUUCUCCCCUGAUCCUUACCUAACAGGCAUCGCAAUGGCAAACACCAUUAACGGUAUGCAAGCAGCUGGGGUUCAAGCUUGCGCAAAACAUGUCAUUGGCAAUGAACAAGAGCAAAAUCGGGAAGGAAUCAGCUCGAACAUCGACGAUCGGACAAAUCAUGAGCUCUAUCUCUGGCCUUUUGCUGACGCCAUUAAAGCUAACGUCAGCUCAAUCAUGUGUUCGUACAACAAGGUCAAUCGCACUCAUGCUUGUGAAAAUAAGCAGCUGCUGCAGGGCCUGCUAAAGGACGAGCUUGACUUUCAAGGAUACAUUAUGAGCGACUGGGGUGCGCAGCACUCUACAGCCGAGAGUGCCAAUGCCGGGUUAGAUAUGGCCUUCCCUUAUCCAGAAGACGAGGAUGCCGAAGACGGGUUGCCAAAAGAAAACGACGGGUUGCCAAAAUACUGGGACGAUAAGCUCACAAAUGCAAUAUCUAGCAACAAUGUGUCUCAAAGCCGUCUUGAUGACAUGGUCACACGUAUCUUGGCCGGAUGGUAUUUAGUGGGCCAAGACAGUGGCUACCCUCCUCCUUCGAACGGCUCUGUCAUAUAUGACCCGAAUGACCACAAGAUGUUGGCACGGAAAAUAGCGCGAGACGGCAUCGUUCUUCUGAAGAAUGAUAACAACACACUACCUCUGAAGAAAUCCGACAGGUUGGCGAUAAUCGGUACCACCGCGGACAAAGCAGUGUAUCAAGGUGGCGGCUCGGGAGGUGCGGACGCUCCACAACUCGUGGCUCCACUUGAUGCAAUAAUGAAAGCAGGCACGGUUGUUGCGAACUCGACUAGCAAUGACCCAAGCAACGGCGCUACGGCGGCAAACGCAGCAGCGACGGCGGUGGUAUUUCUCAGCUCUUAUUCAGGCGAAGCGGGGAUGGGAGACGACCGAUCUAAUUUAAACCCUGAUAAGAGCGGCAACGAACUUGUGGAAGCGGUCAGCAAAACUGGAAAGCCUACGAUCGUCGUGAUCCAUAGCGUUGGGCCUCUGAUUCUCGAAACUAUCUGGAAACUUCCAAACGUGGUUUCCAUUGUGUGGGCAGGCCUUCCCGGGCAGGAGUCCGGAAAUGCUCUGGUCGACGUACUCUAUGGGCAGAUAUCGCCGUCUGGGAAGCUCCCAUACACGAUCGCCCGGAACGAGAGCGACUACGGGACGUAUAUUAUAGAUGAUGACCAGGGCUACCAGGACAAUUUCACGGAAGGUCUCUACAUCGACUACAGACAUUUUGAUAAGGAGGGGUUGCAGCCGAGAUUUGCAUUUGGGUUUGGCCUUUCAUACACGACGUUCGACUAUUCUGACCUGGAGUCUGUGAUUGACGCACCGCCGGGAAAUACAACACUGAUUCCUGGUGGCAAAGCUGGGCUUUACGACACGGUCGCUACCGUGUCUGCAACUAUCACGAAUACUGGUAAGGUAACAGGCGCUGAGGUAGCUCAGCUCUACGUCGGGCUCCCUCCUUCGUCACCCGAUACACCUAUCAAACAGCUUCGCGGCUUUACUAAGAUCAGCCUCAAUCCUGGCGAACGUGGGACCGUUACCUUCAAGCUUAGGUGCAAAGAUCUAAGCUACUGGGACGUGCGGACACAGGCUUGGGUCAUGCCAAGUGGCACCUUCAACGUGUCUGUUGGUGCAAGCUCUCGCGACAUCAGGUUAACAGACACCAUAUCGCUGGUGUAA